UCGCCUUGACGUGAAUACAGCUCGGUCGAGUCGAGGCUUAGAGCCUUGCGUAUAUUCUCGAAUGGAGGUGGAUGGCUCACAGGACUGGCCUCGAUAUGCAGCAAAAUCAGCCACCAACGCUUUGCCUGCGACGGAGGUGUCUUAUGAUCCUGGAUAUGUAGUCCUUUCAUUCUUCACCUCUCUAGUAGGAUGUCUUACCACUAUCGAACUCUUACAACGACGGACAUCGACGAACGGUCUUUACAACUGGUUUCUUUUGAUUGCCUCAGCGAUAACAAUGGGCGGAAUUGGUAUAUGGGCAAUGCAUUUUGUCGGCAACAGAGCUAUUGUUCUCGAUCAUGCCAACCAUCAGCGCCAGAUAUUGUACAACCAGGGUUUUACCGCAGCCUCGUUCUUCCUACCCAUCGUCGUCCUGAUCUUCGCCUUUUACCUCCUGGGGACACCUGCCAAAGCUCGCCAACUCCAUGUCGCUCUUGCAGGAAUCCUUACUGGUGCUGCGGUCUGUGGGAUGCAUUACAUGGGUCAGCUGGGGAUCGCAAACUACAAUUGUUCCUAUUCCCCUGGGAAUGUGGUUGGCGCGGCAAUAAUUUCUGUAGCUGCAAGCCUCAUAUCACUCAGCCUUUUCUUCCGGAUGAGGGAUAAAUGGUCUGAUCUCUGGUGGAAAAGAACUCUUUGCGCAGGCGUCCUCGCCCUUGCGGUAUCCGGAAUGCACUGGACCGCAGCUGCUGGAACCAUGUAUCACUGGAGAGGUGACCUGGCUGUGCACGGAGAAUCUCGGACACAAACCUCAGUUGCAGCAUCUUGUCUGUCUAUGGGCGCCUGCGUCGUGCUUCUCGUAGUAAUCGGCAUACGAGGACGCAGGCGUCGCAAUGCUAGAAUUAGGUCUCAACGACUUGUACUUGCUUGUUCGUAUUUCGACGACGAGGGAAACCUCAUGAUCACCCAAGAUGGGCUCUUGCCUAGUACCAAAAUAACGAAUCAUUAUGUUGAAAGGACAUUUGGAGAGGACGAAUUGAGCAGGACUCAUGAAACAUUCCUAUGGAUUUUCCAAGCUUCUCACCAUUGGAAGAUUCUCAAGGACAUCAUUCCCGGGAUGAAAAGUGAGAUAGAGACAGACCCGAACAUGCACAAAUUUCGACCUGGCUCUAAUGCCACGACCCUUCCUGACGACACUAGUGAAAUAUCGCACGACUUCGCCCGUGUGUUCAAAGGGCUAUUCUGCGUAGCUGCUCAGCAGCUCGCAAACACCAUUCAUGAGCCUCUUGAAAAGCUUGGUGUUUUGUUCGAGGAGCCAAUGGACACGGGGGUUGUAUAUUGUUCUCCACGGGCACGGAAAGGCAUCAGACAGUUUUCGCUCCUUUCCGCUUGUACCAUGGGCUAUGACGCCGAAAGAGGAAGCGUCUCUAAUACCUUCACGAGGGGCAAAUAUCUCUUUCUUGUUCGCGAAAUUAACCAUACUGAGGCGGCCAAAUUUGCUUCUUUGGGUUAUCGCUUCGCUGCCAUAGAGCAAAUCGCGGAGUCUCUUUCAAAUAGUAUGCAGGUCAAUCGUUCCGAUCUCGUGGAAAGAAUGCUGCGGGUCAGAACGAGUGCGGCUCGGUCAUGUUUGCCGCCUCCUGGAACAUAUCUAGCAUGUUUCAUGCUGAAGCCCAGUAUGUGCAAGAGCUUCGAUCUUCUCGUUCCGGACGACAGACAAAAUCAGCUUCCUCAUGUUACAUUACAGGUACCUGAUCUUUCUGCUGAGCAGAAGAAUCAAUUGCAGUACUUGGACGACAUGCCAAUCAGUGAAAUCCUCAAAGUUCUACUCAAUCGAGAAACUUCUAGGACCAUCGAAGAGGGCUUUCGCUGGCAACUAUACAACACAUUUGUCAAACUGGUGGACUUGAUUGGCGACUAUGACAGCAUGAUGCAGGCCAAAUUUUCUGCAAAAGAAUUCUACGUCGGUGGUCCACAUGGCGAUGUUCCCUCAUCGCCAAAGCAUUGCACGACUUGUAUCCUCUAUACUGUCCGCAUAUUGGGGAACAUUCAUGCAUCGCCUACGAGGAAAGAAUUCACAUUUGUACCCUUAACCUUUUUCAGUACUCAACAACAAGCUCAUACAGCCCAUGCGCACAACGAAGUCUUCGCCCAAAGAGUCGAGCAACAAUUCGGUUAUCUACACAAGGACGUGCAGAAACGUGGGAGAUCCAGCGCCACCAGAGGUCGGACACCAAGUCUUGCAGAUCGAAAUGGCUCAAGAUCUGUAUCGCCAAAGUCCCCAAGGUCACCAACAUGCAUUUCUCCAUUGAGGAAAUCAGAGGUCAGCCGCAGGAGUGAUGAGGUAACCAUCGUCGAUCAUGAUAAGGGAUCGACGGAAACAUCAGGGAUAGAAAUGAGGCGUGUCAAAUCAUGCGAUAGAGGAUACACUCGACGUGGCAGCGAAUCACCAGAGGGUGAAACGAGAAAUUGGGUGACAGACGUCUUUGGUCUUUUCCAACUGAAGUCGGAAGGUUGGGCUACCACCAAGCCAGGUGGAUGGGGGUUGAAUAUUAAUGUUCACAACUCGGUGGAGAUUGCGACCAAGGAUCGUCGCAAAGGAAGUACUAUUGUCAGCGCAUCAUUCUAG